AUGGGCUUUUUCAAGUCAUUAAAAGGUAAGGUCGACGUAGGCACGAAUUCUGAAUACCAGACGUCGGCAAGCAAUAACACCAAGUACAACUCGAGCACCCACGAUGACCUUUCGACUGCCAACGACAAGCGGCGUUUGUUCGGUAUCUCCUCCUCGUCCCGCUCACAGGCCUCACAAUCCCAGCAGUCCUCCAGCUCAACCUACGCCCCUCCAGCAGGCCCUCCCCCCAGCAAAGAAACUUACCAAGCGCCUCCUGGGCCGCCCCCUACCCUCACGAACCCCGAACCACCCCCUUACCAUGACUGGACAUCUGUUCCCGACAACUCUCAACUGCCUCCACCGCCCGCAUUCUUUGCCGAGUUCUCCCCAGCUAACAAUGCAUCCCUUGAAUCCGCCGAGGCAGCGCAUCAAUGGUGUGAACGCUACCCACCCUACGCCCCAUGCGCGCCCUCACAACCCCUCAUCGACGCCGCCAACAGCGGCAACCUCACCCUCGACCGGCCCCCCAACCUGUCCAAAUCAUCCAGCCUGACCCGCACCGCCCCGGGGACAUAUUCAGCCAAGACCAAGCCCUCUCAGCCCGACACGAUCCUGCUCUCCACCCUGCCCAUCUACUUCGCCGCCGCCGCCAACCCGCUGCACACGGAGCAAGUCAAGACCAUCUACUACGAAGCGGAGAUCAAACGGAUCCACGACGCCAACUCGAUCGUCGCCAUCGGAUUCGCGGGCAUGCCCUACCCGCCCUGGCGCCUCCCCGGCUGGCACCGCGCCUCCAUCGGCGUGCACAGCGACGACGGCCGCCGCUACAUCAACGACAGCUUCGGCGGCGUGGAUUUUGUGCGGCCUUUUGGGGUGGGCGACGUCGUCGGGUUGGGCGUGCGCUUCGGCACCGAGGCCAAGACGGACGUCACGGUGAAGACGCGCUGCUUUUUCGUGCGCAACGGGAGAGAGGAGGGGAGUUGGGACGUGGACGAGGAGCGCGAUCAGGAACACGUCUUUGAGGGUGUGCAGGGCCUGGAAGGCGAGGGCGACCUGCACGUUGCGGUGGGGUUGUCGGGAGGCGUGGAAGUGGACAUUCGUUUGAUGGAGAACCAGUGGCAAUACCGGUCGUGA